AUGAAAAGCACAUUAUUUCUCCUGGCUCCCCUAGUGGGUGCCACUGUCGUGAGAUCGACUUCCAAGACUGACGGUUGUCCUGGCUACAAAGCUUCUAAUGUGAAGCAGUUGGGCCAGAAACUUACCGCUGACCUCAAUCUUGCCGGAGAAGCCUGUGAUACCUAUGGCACGGAUCUUCCAAACUUGAAACUCCUUGUAGAGGCACAGACUGGUAUACUACACUACCCCCCAUACUUUAUCCCCAAGUAUAGAUGUAUACUCAUCAUUCUACUAGAAACUCGCCUUCAUGUCAUGAUCUAUGAUGCCGAUGAGGAGGUCUAUCAAGUACCAGACUCUGUUCUUCCUAGACCUGAGAGCGCAAAGGGCCACCAAAAGGACUCCGCCCUUAGCUUUGACUUUCAGGAGAAUCCUUUCUCAUUCAAAGUUCUGCGUGGGGAGGAAGUGCUCUUCGACACAUCUGACACCAACAUCAUAUUCCAGUCUCAGUACUUGAAUUUGCGCACUUGGCUUCCUGAUAAUCCGAACCUGUAUGGUCUGGGCGAACACAGUGAUUCGCUGCGCCUGCCGACCACUAACUACACUCGCACUAUUUGGAAUCGUGAUGCAUAUAGCAUCCCCUCCAACUCGAACCUUUACGGUACUCAUCCUAUUUAUGUUGAUCACCGCGGAGAGAAGGGCACCCAUGGGGUUUUCUUUUUGAACUCGAACGGCAUGGACAUCAAGAUCGAUAAGACUGCCGAUGGCAAACAGUACCUCGAGUAUAACACCCUUGGUGGAGUCCUUGACUUUUACUUCAUGGCCGGUCCGACCCCCAAGGAAGUGAGCGAGCAGUACUCUGAGGUCGUUGGCCUUCCUGUUAUGCAAAGCUACUGGACGUUUGGGUAUCACAACUGCCGAUAUGGCUACCAGGAUGUCUUUGAUGUCGCCGAGGUAGUUUACAACUAUAGCCGUGCUGGAAUCCCACUCGAGACUAUGUGGACCGACAUUGACUACAUGAGUGGUCGACGGGUAUUUACUCUUGACGAUGAGCGGUUCCCCGUCGACAAGAUGCGUGAGUUGGUUUCGUAUCUUCACAAGCAUGACCAGCAUUACAUUGUCAUGGUCGAUCCGGCCGUCAGUAACUCUGAUAAUGGUGCUUUCAACCGAGGCCAUGACCAGGGCGUCUUCCUGUACCGCGACAAUGAACAGAAAGAACUCUACGAAGGCGCCGUCUGGCCCGGUUUAACCGUCUACCCAGACUGGUUCAACCACGACACGCAGAAAUACUGGAACUCAGAAUUCAAGCGAUUCUUCAGCGCACGAGACGGCGUCGACAUCGACGGUCUAUGGAUCGAUAUGAACGAAGCUUCCAACUUCUGCCCGUACCCCUGUGAAAACCCGGCAAAGUACGCCAAGGAGAAUAACCUACCCCCAACACCUCCGCCAGUCCGAUCGAAUCCACGCCAUAUCCCUGGUUUCCCGGCUGAUUUCCAGCCCGGGUAUCCUUCAUCUGGGGCUUCUUCAUCGCACCGUGCGAAGAGAGACCAGGCUGUCAUUGAGGCACGUAGCGUCAGCGAGAAACGGAGCCGCGGUGGAAAGGGAAAGAAGGUCGGCUUGUCUGGCCGAGAUCUUAUUAACCCGCAUUAUCAAAUUGCAAACGAGGCUGGCUCGAUUAGCAAUAAGACUAUUGAUACCGAUAUCAUCCAUGCGGGCGAGGGUUACGCCGAGUAUGACACGCACAAUCUUUACGGAACUAUGAUGAGCUCGGCUUCCCGUGAGGCAAUGCUGAAGCGUCGACCCAACGUGCGACCCCUGAUCAUCACGCGUAGCACCUUCGCCGGAGCAGGAUCCCAGGUCGGCCAUUGGCUCGGUGACAAUUUCAGCCAGUGGGAUAAAUAUCGCGUGUCAAUUCCGCAGAUGCUAGCCUUCGCCUCGAUUUUUCAAGUCCCAAUGGUCGGCAGCGAUGUCUGCGGCUUUGGCGGAAACACGACGGAAGAGCUAUGCGCACGCUGGGCAAUGCUCGGCGGCUUCUAUCCGUUCUAUCGGAACCACAACGAGUUCGGCACCGUGCCGCAGGAAUUCUACCGCUGGCCUACUGUGACGAAAGCUGCGAAGAAGAUCAUUGAUAUCCGAUACCGUCUUCUCGAUUACCUCUAUACUUCCUUCCAUCGUCAGACCUUGAUGGGGACUCCGUUCCUCCAGCCGAUUUUUUACAUCUAUCCUGAGGAUAGCGAGACUUUCGGUAAUGAGCUGCAGUUCUUCUACGGUGAUUCCAUACUCGUCUCGCCUGUCUCGGAAGAAGGUGCUACCUCUGUUGACGCCUAUUUCCCCGAUGAUCUCUUCUAUGAUUGGUUUACUGGUGCUGCUGUGCAGGGUGAUGGAUCUGUGAAGACGAUCAGUGAUCUUUCUAUUACGGAUAUCCCGAUUCAUAUCCGUGGCGGGAGUAUCAUCCCCCUCCGUACGGAAAGUGCUAAGACGACGACAGAUCUGCGCAAGCGUGGCUUUGAGAUUCUCAUUGCGCCUGAUGCUGAUGGGUCCGCGGAGGGUGAGCUGUACAUUGAUGAUGGCGAGUCGAUUCGGCCGGAUAGUACGACAGAGAUUGAGUUCAAGUACCGGGAUGGCAAACUUAAGAUCUUGGGUCGGUUUGGAUAUCGCCCCAAUGUGAUUGUUGAGGCUGUUACGCUGCUUGGGCAUAAGGAUACUGGUCGGGAUGUUGGGCAUGCUCAGAGGCAGAGUGUUACGAAGAAGGUGCAGAUUGAGUUGAGUGGACCUACUGAGGUGACUCUGUGA